GCCGUAAGCGCAAGCUGGCAGCACUGUGUGCAAAAAAUACAUACGAUUUAAACUAAUGGAACAAUUACGUAUUACGUGAAAAGAACGCACCAAAAGUAAUAAUAAAGUUAAUGCUAAACAAGAUAGUGUUAUAAACGCCAACAUAUUGGGCGUGUGUGUGUGCUAUAUUCAAAUAAUCCAAGAGGAAAAGUGAUUCAAACUAGUUUUAGCACCUUGGAUUUCGAUUACAUUUUUCAUCUAUACACUUGCAAAAAGCGACCAGAGCAGCAGCAGCAGCCGCAGCAUUGGAGAACGACGGUAGUGAGACAGAGAGCGCUAACAAGCGAGAACGUAGGAGAGCCGAAGCCAGACAGAAAGACAGACGGGCAGCCAGCGCAACACAGCCAACAACAGCGGCCCAAACGCGUUGAAUAGCGACGGCACGGGAAAUAUAUCUGAUUUGGCCCAAACGAAAAAAACAAACAAAUUAUAAAUCGUAUACGCCACCGCGCUCUUCAUUAAAGAAAGACACACACAAACGUGUCUUACCCAAAAAACAUUUGGUUAUAUUUUUUUUUGCAAACGGCUGAGUAAGCGUAGAAGAGUGCAAAAAACGUACAAAAGAAAGAAAAAAAGGAGCCAAGGAGCAACGAACUGUGUGUGCGGUGUAUGCUCUGAGUGUAAAAGGUCGUUUUACAGCUCACACAAGACUGAGAACAAACACAGCAAACACACACAAGUAAAGAAAAACUAGCAACAACAACAACAACAAAACGCAAGGCGCCAAGGAGGCACCUAGAAGAGAUCUCGACCUCCUCGACAUUUGCACAUCCCAACACAACAAUUCAAAAAUCCGCAUAUAACUGCAACAGAAACCGCAUCGAGAGAGCGAUUAGCGUGGAGCGCGGCGGCAGUAGGCGGCAAAGGAAGCUAACGCUAAUGAGGAUCUAUUGGCAGCAUGAGUACACUGGGGGGAAGUAGGGGAGAGCGAAAUGCCAAGCCCAAAUUCACAGCGUUGGAUAUAAAUCGCAUGUACAAGAAUAGCCGUGGCGAAUCGAGUGAACCAUCAGCCCAAAAGAAUCAAGUGCCGCGUAAACAUGGAAUGCAAAUCUUGGGCAAAGUGCCUUCCGCUAGGCGACCACCAGCCAAUCUGCCAUCCCUGAAGGCUGAGACCAACAGCAGCAGCAGCAGUAGCAGCAACAGUGCAACGCCCUUAAGCAACAAUAACAACAGCACCAACAACAAUCUCCUUGCAUCUGUCGAAGGCAACAACAGCACCAGCAGCAGCAGCAGCGGCGGCGGCGGCGGCAGUUCUAGCGCAGGAGGUGCGGGCGGAACAGGUAACGGAGCACCAGGCUCAACUGGCGCAGGUGCAAACAGCAGCAGCAGCCACAACAACAUCGCCACUGGACACAGCAGCGGCGGCACCGCAGCAGGAGGAUUAGCUCUUGGACAGCAGCACAACAGCGCUAAUAAAUACAAUAGCAACAGCAACAACAGCAAUAAUAACAACAGUACCAGCAACAAUAACAGCCACAGCAACAGCAACAACAAUAAGAACUUGAAAUUAAUUAAUAACUCGGCAACAAGCGGAGGCGCUUCAGCCAGCGGCGGCGGCGGCGGCGGAGGCGGAGGCGGAGCAGGAUCGGGUGGUGUUGCUGCAAGCGGCAGCGGCGGCCACUCAAAUAAUUCACCCAAAACAUGGUCAGCAAUAACGACAGGACACGAGCGUGCAGGCGGCAACGGUGGCCAUGGCCACUAUGGCAACCGCCAGACGCACCAGCAGCAACAGCAGCAGCAGGUGGUGCCGCACUAUCAAAGUCCGCAAUUUCAAUACGAGUUCCCCACACUAAUGGGCGGCGGUGGCGCUGCAUCCUCUGGUGGGCACGCGGGCGCAGCCGGUGCCGGUGGCAAAUCAAAGGAUCAGCAGGCGCAUUACCAGGGGCAGCAACAGCAACAUGCGCAUUAUCACCAGAAUCAUCAUUAUCAGCAGCAGCAACAGCAGCGCGAUUAUCGCGAUCAUCAUGGCCAUCAUGGGCGUCAAUAUGGCGGACACGGACACCAUUCGCAUCGCGGCGGCGGCGCCAAUGCAGAUCCCGGCAGUUACAGAGAUGGCAGCGACGACGUCGGCGGUGGCGGCGGCGGCGAACUCAGCGAGAUGAGCCUGCGGCCCCAAACCGAUCCAGCCGCUUGGCUGCAGCAACAGGAAAAGGCCGCCAAGGAGUUGGCAUUGAACCAACAGGGCCUGGGCCACCAGAUACCGGCCAACGGCAGCGGUGUGGGCGCAGGAUCGGGCGGCAGUGUACCACUGCCCAUACUCUCACUUAUGCCGUCAUUUAUGCGCAGCGGAGCACCGCUGCCCGCCUCCGGUCUGGGAGGAGGAGCGCCCACGAUGGCGGCCGCCCUUGCGAAUGCCGCCUCUUGCAUUGCCGCAGAUCUGGCAUCGUCUUCGCCCGCUCCCUAUCAGAAUGGCAUCGCCGGCAACCGAUCCGCCUCACCGGCCGUUCUGGGCAGUUUUCGUGCUGCGGCCGCAAUACCGAAGCGACCAGCUGCCGGCUCAGCUGCGACGACGACGCCACCGCCAUCAUCGGCGAUGGGCGGCAGUGGGGCGACAACGCCUCCGCAGCAGCAGCAACACCAGCAGCAGCAGCAGCAGGCGAAUGGACCAGGUGGUCGCAAGGACAAGGACAAGGAUUAUGUCGUAGAGCCGGAGGUAGCACAAAUGCAGCGUCCAAUCAUACGCGAGGAGGAUCUGGAGCGUCUGAAUGCGAUCGCCAAGGAUGACAGCUGGACGAAACAGGAUGAAAUUGACUACACCAGGAAACUAACAUUCUCCGACGACGAGGAGCAUGCCAGCCCCGAGGAUCAGCACCACAACAGCAGCAACAGCCACAACAAACAGCACCAGCAUCAGCAUCAACAUCAACAACAGAUGCAGCAGCAGCAGCAGCAACAGAUGCAGCAGUCAAUCCAAUCCAGCAGCAGCAGCAGCAGCAGCAAUAAUGAUCAGCGCAAAUUGUCCACCAGCAGCUCAUGGCAGCGUGGCAAGGACAGCAGCGAACGGGACUUGGAUGGCCCCUCCGAUCAGGGUCUGGAGCAGCAGCGACAACAGAACGGCCAUCGCGGCAGUUCCGGCAAUGUGGUCGUUGGCAGCGGCGGCGGCGGCGGCGGCGGCGGCAUUGCUCUCGAUGCCGGCGUCUAUGAACGUGUAAAGCAGCGCAAGGAGGAGGAGGAACGUCGCCAGAUGGAGCGCAAGCAGGCGGCGGCAAAAAAGCUGCAGGAGCUUGAAAUGAAAAUGAACUGCAAGAAGGCGCUAAGCGAGGGCAUUGCCACCAGUCCGGCAUCUGGUGAGCUCCCAGCCGUGCUACUUGGCAAUGUCAGUGAGGAUGAGGGUGCCGGUGCCGGACAGCAGCAAUUGCAACAGCAGCGUCGACCACGUGGCAGCAUCUCCAGCAUGGGCAGCGCCAGUGGAGGUGGCGGUGGCGGUGGAAGUGGCGCAGCCUCAUCCUCGCUUGCGGCAAGCACAGCUGCCGGCGAUUACGGACAGAAGCCAGUUUUCAUGACGCAUUUCCAAUCGAAUUUACCGCCUCGCUUCCAGCGCCAGCAGCAGCAGCAGCAGCAGCAGCAGCAGCAACAACAACAACAACAGCAGCAGCAACUGCCGCGCGGCGGUUUGGAGAAGAGCGCCUCCGCGAGCAGCGCCUUCGAGGGCAGCGGCUCACGCUAUCUGCAAAAGGGCGGCGGCGGUAGCAGCGGCAGCGGCUCCAACGGUGGCAGCGGUAGCGGCGUGCGCAGCAUCUCUGGCGGCUAUGCGCGUGUCGGCAGCAGCGGCAGCUACGGGCGCAAUCGUCAUGAUAGCGCCCGAGAGGAGCUGGAUGCGCCAUCAGUUGGUUCGUCCGGUGCGCGCGACCUGGACCAGUCGAGAUAUGCGCGCGGCCAGGAGUAUCGCAGUGGACAGCAGCAGCAUCAGCAACAGCAGCAGCAGCAGCAGCAGCAACAGCAACAGCAGCAACAGCAAUUGAUGCAGUCGCGCAGCAUCUCGGAGAACUCGCAUCGCAAGACGAGCGUUUCCUCCGGUGACGAUGUUGGCAUGGGCAGCGGCGGUGGUGGCGGCGGCGGUGGCGGCGGCGGCAGCUGUUCCUCCUGGGCAGAGCAAACGGAUGCUGAGCAGAAGCAUCAUCGUCAUCGCGAGGAAAGCUUUUCAUCGACACACAGCCACGAUUCGGCUGUGCAGAUCAAGAUACUGCAGCGGCCAGCGCGACAGCCGAGCCUCAGCGAGGAGAAACCGCUUGCAGCCGGCGGAUUAGGCGCGCACCAGAAGCAGCCCCUCGACUCCAUGCAGUCCAUACAGCCAACACAGAUACUGAGACGCAGCGUGGAGCCCGUUGACAAGUCGGAUGAGAAGAUAGCGGAGCGUGAGACGAGCGACAAGUGCGCCGAAACGGAGCUAUGCAAGUCGAUGGCAUUCCAAACCGUCGCCAGCAAGGAUGACGACAAGGAUGCGUCGCGCAACUCAACGAUAUGUUCGACAGCCAUGUCCGCAACGCAGCCAGUGGCCGGCAAACGGCCAAGUCCACGGGGUGGUCGCGGUCGUGACGAAAUCCACACACGUGGUGCCGGCCGUAGCUAUCCGGCCAGCGGAGCCGGCGGUAAUGCGGCUGGCAGCUAUCGUGGACAGCGCAGCAGCAGCGACUGGAGCAGCCGCAACAGCAGCGCUGCAGGAGGCGGCGGGGGGCGUCGCUACUAUGGCAGCGGCGGUGAACAGUCCGAGCAAUCCGAGGACGUUGACGAGGAUUGCUACAGUAGCGGUGGCGGUGGCGGUGGCGGUGGCGGAACGUCCAGACGCAGUCCCAAAGUGCAGUCACGCUCAGAGCAGAGCAGCAAUAGCAGCGGCUCAGGCGGUGCCUCCACAGUUGGCGGCCAGUCAGCAGCAACAGCAACAGCAGCAGCAGCAGGAGGAGGAGCCGUUGUCAACAAGGCGGGCUUUUCGCCACGCGGCGAACCAUCGCGACGCGGUCGCGGUGGUCUAUCCAGUUCCAGUGGCAGCUCAGCGCCCGGCUUUCGACGCCAACCAGCAAGCGGCGGACGGGCAUACGGCCGGCUGGGCUAUGAGGAGUAUGGCAAGCAGCGCAGCUCGGAAUCGGAAACAGGCAAUGCAUCAACUGCUGCGGACCUGGACAAGACCAAGCUGAAUCAGCUGGCGCUCAGUGCGGGACUGCACAAGGGCAAGGACGACAAGGAGGAGUUGUCGCCCGACAAGGACAAGAGCAAUAUCAGCAACAUCACCAACAUUAAUAUACCCAACACUGCCGUGGCCAAGGAGGAGCCACACAAGGAUGCGCCCGCAACUGCAGCAGCAGCAGCCAGGCCGCCGCCAGGACUGAGCGCAACUGCCGCUGCUGCUGCGGCUGCAGCUGCGGCUGCUGCUGUUGGAGGUGUGCCGCCCCUAUUAGCUGCCCCAGGCAGCGACGUGCCCGGCAAAAAGAAGAGCAGCGAAUGCACAACAAUUGCACCGCCGACGGCAGCAGCAACAGCGCCCAUCGGCGACAAAUCCAAGCUGUCCGCCAUUGGCGAGAAGAGCGCUCUGGGCGUCGGCGUUGGUGUCGGUGUCGGUGUGGUGGGAGCUGGCAGUCUUCUGAUCGAUGCUAAUGCGCCAGUUAACACGAUUAUCUUUGAGAACUCGACGUACAAGCAGCAGCAGCAGCAUCAGGCAGCAGCCGCUGUGCCGCUCAAGCAGCAGCAGCAGCCAACGCUGGGAGGAGCAACAGCCGCAGCCGUCGAUAGCUUGUCGACUGCGCUCUCCCAGAUGAGCUUUGGCGGCGCUAAUGACGAUGACCAGCAGCACCAACAGCAGCAGCAGCAGGACAUGAAGCUCGGCUUCAGCUUCAGCGACGAUGCUGCCGCUCUCAAGGUGGUCGAAAGCCUGGAACACCAGCAGCAGCAGCAGCAAAACAACUCCACGGCGGAUUUGAACAUGAAGAUAGCGAGCGUGAAAAAGGUUUGGGAAUCGGCCACGCCCAUGUCGGAGGCAACGCAACAGUCGAGCCAACAGCAACAGCAGCAGCAACAGCAACAACAACAGCAGCAGCAGCAGCAGCAGCAACACUCGCAACAGCAGCAUGCACAACAGCAACACUCGCAACAGCAGCAACAACAACAUCAGGCAGUCGCAGCAGCAGCGGCAGCAGCAGCUGUUGCUGCCGUUGCACAGCAGCAACAUGCGCAGCAGCAACAGUCGCAGCACGGCCAACACGGCCAGCACGGGCAGCAGCAGGUCUCGAGCUCUGUGGUGGAUGACAGCGGCAGCCAUAUCGCCGCCUCGUUUGUCGCCGCAGUCGCUGCCUCACAGCAGCAACAGCAUCAGCAACAGAUGCCCCACUAUGCUGUCUCGGCGGUCCACAUGCAGGGCCAUCACCAGCAGCAGCAACAGCAGCAGCAGCAGCAACAACAAGCGCAGCAUCAUCAGCAACAGCAGGCACAUCAUGGCCACCAUGCAUUGUCCUCGCCAGGACCAGUCUAUGGCAGUCACGGCUCACCCUUCGAUGCCGGCACCCUGGAGCAACAGUUCCAGCAACAGCAGCAGCAGCAACAGGAGGACUACCCAAGUCCACAGCAGCAGCAGCAGCAACACUCGCAGCAGCAUCAGCAGCAGGUGAAGGCCAAGCAGCUGCACGCCAGUCUGGGCAUGUCGCCGCCGCCCAGCCACCAGCAACACUCGCAACAGCAGCAACACUCGCAACAGCAGCAACACUCGCAACAGCAGCAACACUCACAACAACAACAGCAGCAGCAGCAACAGCAGCAGCAACAGCUGCCGUUCUAUCAGGCAUCGCCGCAGUUUGGCGUCGGCGGCAUUCCAACGAUUCCCAGCCCGCCGGCGGUUGUGUUCAACUCAUCGCAGCUGGCGCCGCCGCCAUCGCAGGCGGGCAAUCUGUACGCUCCAUUCCAUUCGCUUGAUCAUUCGAACCGCUCGCCCGCCUAUUCAGCGGCAGCAGCCGCCGCCGCUGCGCACAGUUUUCCGGGUCAUUAUGCGGCAGCUGCAGCGGCGGCAGCCGCCGGCGGCGCCUUCAAUGCGUACGCCAUGCAGACGCCGCAUGGUCAUGGCGGCAAUAUGCCGCCGCCUCCAACGGCGCCCACGGACAUGUACUCCAAUUUGUCGUCACAGUUCCGAUUAGGCGGCGGUCCCUUUGGCCAGCCGCAGCCCAAUUCGCAACAACUGAACAAUCCCAAUGCCGCCGCCGUGGCCAUCAUAUCCUCCAAUAGCAGCUCAAUGAUGUCCUCGGGCUCGGCAAAACCGCCGCCGCCCAGUCAGCAGCCGAUUGGCGCCAUUGGCUCCAAGUCGGCAGGCAGCGGCGGCGGUCCAGGACCCGGACCAGGACCCGGACCCGGACCUGGACCGGGGCCCUAUGCAGCCGCCCAGCAGUAUAUGAAUCUUUAUGCCGGACCGCAUCCGGGCCAGGGCGGACCUCCACCAGGCGCCCAUCAGCUGCAGUCGAACAGCUACUACUCGAAUUCAGCGCC